AUGGCUAACAUCCUCCCACUGUCUUCUACCUCUCGACACAUUGGAAACGGGAAUCAGCCGGCUAAUGAGACUAAAUUCCAACCCGUGGUCGAUUUGUUGUGUUCCCGCUGCAGCGCUGUAGUAGGAGAAGAGCACAAGGCUUUUUCUGGCUUGAGACUAUACAAAGCAAACGUUUCACUCUUGCGAAAACCCAAGGACGGCAUCAAUUCUGACCAUGAUGUGUGGGAGACGUACCCAGUAGACAUGAUCGUGGGAACCCAGUUGCUCGAUCUGGUUGAGAGGGUUGGAGCGAGGAGAUUUGCUGUUCACAGUGCAGAAUAUACAGACACGAGCAGUCGAGAUAACAAAAUAGGAUUGCUUCUAUGGGUGUUCAAUCCGGAUCUUCGCUAUUCCAGUUUGUUUCCGGACUCUACUACUGGUAAAGUCGCAUCGAUUACCUCCCAGCGGGCUAUGAAAAUACUCUACCAAGAAGUCCAAGAUGUCCAGUCGAUGCUAAAUCCAGCGCAAGGCGUACCGUCACCAGCUGCGCUGGAAGAAGUGAGCCUUCCACCCAAUAUUUAUGACGGCGUCAAACAGACUCUCGAGAGGACCAGUGAAGCUCUUCCCAUCUCCGCACGCCAGUUUCGGGAGUGGAGAUGGACAACGAUGACAGUUCCAACAUUGAAUGUCCUGACGUUGAAGACUCGGGCGCCGGGAUUCCCUACGUGGGCCCUAACGACAGCAGCACCAACGAUGCUUAUUGUAUAUGGGUCUCUUGGGCAACGACCCCUUAUGACCAGCGUGGCCGGCCAUCAUGCCCAGAAUGAUAGGGGAUACGAAGCAGACAAUGAUUUGCCUGCUCCAGCAUUGGCACCUGGUCAUUCUCCCGUUCCCACUUCAUCCCUGAUGCAAAUCAAUGCCACUAUUCCCAUUGCUGGUUUAUGGGUGCUUCUAGGCAGCUCCUCCAUUGCGUUCUUUUGGGUUUCAAUUACACAGGGCAAAGACUGCUACUGGAGACGAGCAGCUAGCAGCGGCGAUGGGGACCUGACACUUGGCUUGAUUAGCCUGGCGGGGAGCUUGAGGUUAACUUUCGAAUAA